AUGGCAGAGGAUAUCGCGGUGGAUGAAAUCGUGGUAGAGGACACAAUGGCGGAGGAUAUCGUGGUGGAGGACAUCGUGGCAGGCAGAGGAUACAAUGACGGAGGAUAUCGUGGUGAGGACAUCGUGGCAGGCAGAGGAUACAAUGGCGGAGGAUAUCUUGGUGGAGGACAUCGUGGGAGACAGAGGACACAAUGGCGAAGGAUAUUGUGGUGGAGGACAUCGUGGGAGACAGAGGAUACAAUGACGGAGUAUAUCGUGGUGGAGUACAUCGUGGCAGGCAGAGAAUACAAUGGCAGGGGAUACGGUGGCAGGGGAUACGGUGGCAGAGGAUAUACUAUCGGGGGAUACGACACAACGGUUGAGGAUAAAAUGGUUGAGGAUACACUAGCGGGGGAUACGGUGGUUGAUGAUAUGGUGGCAGAGGAUUUAGCAGUUAGGGAUAUGAAUGAUGACUCCCAUAUAAGCAUGAUAACAUACCGCAUCCCGAAUCUCGCAAUGAUUGACGCAAACAAUAUGGCUUCUGGUUAUCCAGUUCAUAAAUUAUAA